GUUUUACAUCAGGAGGCACUGAUAAAGAUGCUUAUGCUAUUUGUAAAUUUAUAAUUGAUGAUCAUCAGAUAGCUUUAGCACAAUCAUUUGCCAAAAAUAUGGGACUUUAUGGAGAAUGUGCUGGUGCAUUUUCAAUUAUUUCUGAAAGUUCAAAAGAAAAGGCAGCAAUUGAUUCACAACUUAAAAUACUAAUUAGGGUCAUGUAUUCUAAUCCACCAAUAAAUGGUGCAAGAAUUGCAAGUUAUGUACUGAAUGGUCCUGAACUAAAUAAAGAAUGGUUAGAAGAAGAAAAGUUAUGGCAAAUCGAAUUAUUACUAUGUGUGAUGUUGAUGAUUUUCACUGAUCAAAUUGGAAUGUUUUGUUACACUGGAUUAAAACCUGAGCAG